UGCAGAAUCGAUCCAAGAAGCGGCAUUUCACACUAAAUUUCUGUAUAUUUUCUAUAUAUUUUAUAUAUAUUAGCUGUAAAAAAGAAUUGAAAAAAUCAAUAAAAUGUCGCCACUACCUCCACCACCAGAUAUUCAACACGAAUUCGACAAAAAUCAAGACCCACACGAAACGAAUUUGGCGUUAAGACGGUUGUACCCUCAGAUUCGGGAAAGAGAAAAUGAACGCCAUAUUCCGCGGAGAUGGGAUCUCAGGCAGGCUUCUUCUUAUUUGGACAUUAGUCAGAGUGGUUAUGGGGUUACUUUCAAAAAGAACGUAACCGUAGCCGAGGACAAGGACCCAGCCGGCGUGGUCCGUGCAGAUGCUUUCAUUCAACAAUGCAUCGGAGUCUAUUAUUUCGAAGUUCGAAUUCUCGAAGGCCAUUCCGGUUGUAUGGGUAUCGGUCUUAGCAAGAAAGACUGUGAUCUUAACAGAAUGCCCGGCUGGGAUCCCGGAUGUUUUGGCUAUCACGGUGAUGACGGUAACUUCUUCCUGGCAAGUGGUGUCGGACAAGCGUAUGGUCCAAAAUUUGGGCCGGGUGACGUCAUCGGGUGUGGAAUUGACACGUUUUAUCAUUAUGUGUUCUUUACGAAGAACGGGAAACACUUGGGAAUUGCUCAUACGUCGCCGACGGCACUGAAGGAAUUAUAUCCUACAGUGGGAUUUAAGACACGUGGCGAGAAGCUGGUCGCCAAUUUCGGAGUGAAACCUUUUGAAUUCGAUUUUGAAGCAUAUCGACAGCACCUAAUGAACAAAAAGAUUCACCUCUUGGAAAACAUAAAAAUGCCGGAAAAUUUCGGGAAACAAAUGAACCGAAUUGUCUCCUCAUUUCUCGGAACGACAGGCGCCCUUGCCACGUUGCAAAAGUUCGAAGAGACGACAAAGCCCGAAGUACCAAUAGAUCAUGAAUAUUAUGCACAGAGAAAAGAAAUUACGGAUAUGAUACUAAAAGCCGCACGGGGAGCCGAAAUCCAUGAAAAAAUCGAGAAAUACUUUCCGGGUCUCGUUGAGGAUGAUGCGAAUGUACAUUUAUUAAUUCUAUGCCUUCGAUACAUUGAUCUCGCCAAUACACUACACGAACCGCCAAACUGCUUUACGAAUUCCACUACAGGCCGUUCCCCGUCCCCAACAGAAAUCCGUGCGAGACCACCGAAACUACUAAAAGGAUCUCAAUGUAAGACCACAAAACGGACAAGAGAAGCUCAACGGAGAUCAGCCAACUCUCAAGUACACACACCACCGCCCGUUCGACUAACUAAUGCAAAAGCCACCGAGGAGCUGUACCUGAAAGAUGCGAAAAUCGAACGAUUCUACAUAGAUCAGGAUACAGAAGAAGAAAUGCUUCAUAUUGAUGGAGUUUCAAUGCCAACGAAAAUGUUUGUGGAAUUGGAGAAAAGUGGACAAUAUCGAAAGUUGAAUUAUAUUCUGAAAAUGGGCAGAGAAAUUAUGAAAGUUGCCGGAGAGAUGCGCGGGAAUAUUGCUCCAGAAGCACGAAAAGUUGUUGAGAUAGCAACAUCAAUGGUCUCAAGUCCAGAACGCCCUGCAAAACACCCUCUGAGCUUCGCCCUCCGGAGAUUUAUUGCAAAUUCCGUAGUCGAUAUGAUUUGUUAUUAUGUCCAUCAUAAACGUGAAGGAAAAUCAACAAAACGGCCCCGUGGAACAUCUACUGGGGAAAUACCAGGCUCAUCAAGUUUACGAAUGUUCUCUGAAUUACGUAACCUAUUCACCGGUUGGAAGGGUCUUCAUAUCGAUUAUUCGACUAAUGACAAGAAAAUGGCUGGAAUUCAUUUCGUCCGGAAAAUGAUUCUCGAGGAGCCAAACUUCAAUGAAAAAGAGAUAAUCUAUACGGAUGAGCCCAUGGAAUUGGCUCACGAGCGGCCAGAUCCUCCACCUCGAGAGAUUAUUCGUCAGCAGCGAAAUGAAUUUCAAUUUUGAUUUUUGAUUUUUCUUUAAUUUUUUUUUGUUGCAAUUCUCGCGCACCAAAUUUGAUGUAUUUGUGUGUAUUGGGUUGGUGUUUGCGUACUUUUCAAUCGCGGACCCAAACACCACAUUUGACGCGCAAAUUCUACAAAACUGUAUAUAUUUCCUUUUUUUGUAAAUUUGGAUUUCCCAUGGAACACCCCAAUUGAAUAAUCAACUCAGGCAUCGAAACGAAAAGAGCCAUAAAUUAAAUUUAUCUCAAAAUUAUUAUUGCAAAUAAAUUGUAUUUUACC